AGGUUUCUGAUCGUUCUUUACUUCCUUCAUACAUAUGGGUUCACCAAAAUCAGUCUCGGGAGAAUCGAAGUGUAUCACCUUUUUCGUAAAAACAAAACAAUGACACCGGAUUCUUUUGGAGUCAGUAUAUGUUUAACUGAGUUGGCUGCUGUUUUAUAAAGAUUUUGUCACUCAUUCUGCUAUUUGCAUUUACCAAGACUCGAGAAAACUGCUUUCUUAUUCUCCGUGUUUACUUACCCAACAACUCGGGUGUAAAAGGAAGAAAGCGAACCCUUCCAUUAACUAUGAUAUCAAGGACUCCAAUGGAUAUACGAUCGCUAAGGUUUUGAGAGCACACUAAGCGAUCUAGACUAGGGAGGCGAUGGCAAGUUUGGGUGACCAUCCACAAGACGAACCGCCACAUGCAUUGAUAUGUACGAAGAUGGAGAAGAUAAUACAGAGGAUGCAAGAUGAGAGGAAGGGUGUACCCAUCAGAACAGUCAAGAGCUUCAUGUCCAAAAUACCCAGCGUACUCACUGGUUCAGAGCUAGUUGACUGGAUGAUGGAUAAUCUUAUGAUUGAAGAUAGAGGUGAAGGGGUCCAUCUUGCCUCAUUAUUGGCGGCGUAUGGCUAUGUUUUUUCUAUAACAGACCAUCAUCUCAUGGUGAAAGAUGAUAGUUCCUACUAUAGAUUUCAGACCCCUUACUUCUGGUUAUCUAAUAACUGGGAGCCAGAAAAUAUAGAUUAUGCUGUGUAUCUUUGUAAGAGGACAAUGCAAAAUAAAUCAAGAUUAGAAUUAGACGAUUAUGAAGCAGAAAAUCUAGCCAAAUUACAAAGAACAUUAUCUAGAAAGUGGGAUUUUAUUUAUAUGCAAGCAGAGGCUCAAGCAAAGGUGGACAAAAAAAGAGACAAAAUGGAAAGACAAAUUCUAGACAGCCAAGAAAGGGCUUUCUGGAAUGUCCACCGACCACCACCUGGUUGCGUAUCUGUGACAGAGAUUGAUAUUAAGAAAGCCUGCAAAGUAGAAAUGUCGCCAAACUCUAAAAGAAAGGUCCAGCUGUGCCAGACUGGAUCUGACGAUGGAAUGGGCAAAGCUGUCAAUGCUCUCGAUGAGAUGAAGCUUGAGGUCCAGGAACUGAGAGAACAGUUGCAUAGAAGACGAAUGAAGACAUCACAGGCAUCUGAAAGUAUUAUCAAUAGAUAUGAGCAGUAUGCAGAGUUUGAUGCCUUCAUCAUGUACCCAGAGCCGUCAAAUCCCUGGAUAACAGAUGACAUAACCUUUUGGGAGCAGGAUUGUUCAAUAACCAUUGUUCCUCAAAAGCGCGUUAAACGCUGGGCAUUCUCACUCUCUGAGCUAUUGAAGGACCCCCUAGGCCGAAAAUACUUCACACGGUUCCUUGAAAAGGAAUUCAGUGCAGAAAACUUGGCUUUUUGGCUGGCCUGCGAAAGACUGAAAGCGACGCCCAUAAAGCAAGUGCCGGAGAAAGCUCAAGAGAUUUACACGGAGUAUUUAUCUGAGCAUUCCACCUCUCCAAUUAAUGUGGAUUGUAAGACGCACGAAGAAGUAGAAAUGAAUUUGGAGAAGCCUGGAAGAUACAUGUUCGAUGCUGCUCAGGAUCAUAUAUUUCAGCUAAUGAAGUCGGAUAGCUACAGUAGGUUUCUACGAAGUGAACUGUACAAAGAACUAUUAAAAGCUCCAUCUUAUAAACAAAGAAGCCCAAUGCCUACAAGACCCCUACAAAACCUAGCACGGAUCGCAGGCGCAAAGACGUAGCGCUCUACGUACAUGAUAGACUGUUCUCUUCACUGUUUGCAGAGUUGCUGUGGCAUCAUUAUUUGAAAAGGACUGGGAGAUUUCUCUCCUCUCUAGACCUCUUUUCUCUUUCGGUGCAGACCUUCCACGGCACGUCUGCGAAUUAAAACACUUUGUCAAAUCCAUUUUGAAGAAAUGUUGUGAUUCUGUAAUUUAGAGUCAGCGUCUUUAAAAAAGGUGAAUUUUGAUUAAUGUAGAAAAGAUUAUGAAAUCAUCCUAACCAGGAUACCCAAGAGAGGCUACAUGGAAUUAUACCAGUUCAAAUCUUUCUUUGAAAUUAAAAAGAAAUUGAAAAAGGGCCAAGAGUAUUUGAACAAGCUCACUUUACUUCUAGCCUCCUCUGAGGGGAGAGCACGUUUGUUCACAGGCUAACUCAACCCUUAGAGACAAUGUAAAUAUAUAGAAAAAAAUGAUGAAGAGUUUAAUUUAUAUUUUAUUAAUUUAUCUGUUUCUAUAGCAUGUCAAUGAUGAAAUGUUUUACAUCAAUACGUUAAGCUCAAAUCAAUUAAUAUUAGCCAAUGAAUGAAUUUGGUCUAGUAUCAUACUUCAGCAUAUUACUCCAAGAUCUUUUUGUGAUCGUUGUGCUGAGACAUCGAGUACGUUGAAUACUAAAUAGUUCUCAUACUUUCAUAGUUUGUGGAUGUUAAACCGCACUGAUCGCUAAUUGUAUAUGUGAUAACGCCUCUAAAACCCCGUGCGAACAGCGCCAGCAUUGCCGGGGAAAAUACAAAGCAGUGAGGUCCAGGACAGGUCUAGUAGUUUUUUUGGAAUUGUGGGCAUCCAAUUAUGAACGCAUUGCAGGGAGAUGUUUGUUUGUGCUCUGUCAGAUAUACUAGAAAAUUAACAUGAGAAGGGCUUGAUAAUACCAGAUAUUCAACAGAAUAGGGAGUAGCCACUCGGGCCAUCAAGUACCCGCCUUUUCGGUGACAGCACGUUGGGCAAUAUAGGCGCUGUUUGCACAGGGCUCCAUUACUAUAGCUUUGAUCAUAAGACAGGCCACAGAGAUACAUGUAUAUUUGUUGUCAUUUGGCUAUUAAACUUGGAUUUUGUUGGU